AUGACAUAUUUUGUGAUUUUUUUGGGGGUGUGCUUGGUUUUGGCGGGGUUGGCUGUUGCGUCUAAUCCGUCUCCGUAUUAUGGGGUGGUAGGGUUGGUGUUAGCAUCUGUUGUUGGAUGUGGGUGGUUAAUGAGUUUGGGGUUGUCUUUUGUUUCCUUGGUGUUGUUUAUGGUUUAUUUGGGGGGGAUGCUGGUGGUUUUUGUAUAUUCUGUGGCCUUGGCGGCUGAUCCUUUUCCUGAGGCUUGGGGGGAUUGACGGGUAGUGGGGUAUGGUUUGGGGUUGGUGUUGGUGCUUGUAAUUGNGUUCUUGAUUGGCGGGGUUAGUGGGGAUUGGAAGUUUGGGGUAGGUGUUGUAGAUAGUGGUGGUGAGUUUUUUGUUCGGUUGGAUUUUAGUGGGGUGGCUAUGUUUUAUUCAUGAGGGGCAGGGUUGUUUCUAGUGGCUGGGUGGGGGCUGUUGUUAACUCUGUUUGUGGUAUUGGAAAUGGUUCGUGGGUUAUCUCGGGGGGCGAUUCGGGCGGUGUAG